GUGCUGCCUGUUGCCGACUCAUUGUAUAGAUGGCGUUAAGCGGGGCUGAUGCUGCAGGGUUGAAGCGGACGGCGGAAAUGUACGAGCAGCUCCGGGCCGAGUGGGGCAAGAAAGCCCCCAAUCUGGCUAAGUGUGGGGACGUGCUGACCAAGUUGAAGCUGUCUCUGCUAGAGCAAAACUUCUUGCCAACCAGCGACAACAAGCUGACGAAACAGCAACUUAUCUUAGCUCGGGACGUUCUAGAGAUUGGUGCACAGUGGAGCAUCCUGAAAAAAGACAUCCCAUCGUUCGAGAGAUACAUGGCGCAGCUAAAGUGCUACUAUUUUGAUUAUAAGGAUGAGCUCACAGAGUCUGCAUACAACCAUCAAAUUCUGGGCCUCAAUCUUCUCUUUCUUCUCUCACAAAAUCGUGUUGCUGAGUUCCACACCGAGCUGGAGAGGCUUCCCGCCAAGGACAUCCAGACUAACGUUUACAUAAAGCACCCUGUGUCCCUUGAACAGUAUUUGAUGGAAGGAAGUUACAACAAAGUAUUUCUGGCCAAAGGGAACAUUCCAGCUGAGAGUUACACGUUCUUUAUAGACAUCCUGCUCGACACAAUAAGGGAUGAGAUUGCGGGCUGCAUCGAAAAGGCAUACGAAAAAGUUCUGUUUAACGAGGCCACCAGAAUACUCUUCUUCAAUACGCCCAAGAAGAUGACAGAUUAUGCCAAAAAGCGUGGCUGGGUUUUAAGUUCAAACAACUAUUACAGUUUUAGCAGCCAGAAGCAGAACCCCGAAGAGGCAACUAUCCCGUCCACAGAACUAGCCAAGCAGGUCAUAGAGUAUGCUCGCCAGCUGGAGAUGAUCGUCUAGUGGGGCUGGAAGACAUCAAAGUUCUUUUGUUCAAUUUUUUUUAAUGGUCUCUGUUCUUACCUGUAUUUUAUAGUAUGGGGUGGUUUUUGGAUUAUCUUUCUAUGGAUCCUCUCUCUGGGCCAUUGAGCUCAAUUGUCCUCCCAGCUUGACAAAGGACACUGCACCAUUCAGCACUGUAACGUCCUUGUGUGCCGUUAUGGGGUGCUUGUAUUUGGGCAACAUUAUUGCAUCGUGAUGGUAUCCAAAUACCUGCUACAUAGCUGCUCAGGAUAAUUACUCCCUGCACUGAGACUUUAAUUACCAUCAUUAAAAUUCAUGUUUCUCUGUG